AGGGCGCCUCCAUGCCGUAUGAAACGAGGAACAGCUGAUAACACAGCGCAGUAUAAAACGCCCCCGGCAGCAAUCUUCACACAACAAUCCCUGCAAUAUCUGAGAACCGUUCGUUUGUUUCCAAAGUGCAAGAUGUUUCUUUCUUUGGCUUCAGCUUUUGCCUUGUGUUCAUUCAUAGUUGCGUCAAACGGUGAACCCCUUUUGAAUUUUGCCAACUUCACUUCGGGAGACCAAUACUGUCCUGAAGGUUACUCGCUGGUGGGAAGCCAGUGCCUCAUAUUCGUCACCUUCGCAGAGGAAAAUCACAGGGAAGCGAAACAGACGUGUCACUCUCUCUCGGGGGAACUGUUGGCCAUUACUACGCCUACGCAGUUUGUGCACGUUGUAAACCAUAUCUAUGAUUACGGUUACAGUGGACGACAAUUCUGGUUGGAUGGCUCGGACGCUGAGAUGGAAGGCAACUGGGUGACUUCCUCUGGCCAAGCGGUCCCUCGAGGAACUCCCUUCUGGGCGGCCUUCCAAGAUUUCCAACAGCCUGAUAACGCUAAGGGAAGAGAGCAUUGUCUAGAGAUGGAGUCUUCCGAGUUCUUCUAUCUGAACGAUGCAGUUUGCGAAGACAAAAGCAACUUCAUAUGCCAGUACAGUUCUCAAAGGCAAGAUAAGCGAGACUUAACCACAACCACUCAAGUUCCAAAGGCAGUUCACAUGGAGGUCUAUAGUAGCCAGUGCCCAUUACUCUACGUGGAGGUCGGAGGCCUUUGCCUGAUGUUCGUCACGUGGGCGGAGGAGACCUGGCACGAGGCUCAGCAGACAUGUGGAGACUCGAGCGACCUCCUGGCCAUCACUGAUGCUGAAGUCCUAAGAGCUGUGUACCUCUACUUGCACAAGGAAAAUAUAGCAGACCAUAGCUUCUGGCUGGGUGGUUCCGAUUCAAGUGAAGGAAAUUGGGUCUAUACCACGGGAGAGGCUGUCCCUAUGGGCACACCUUUCUGGGGUUUAUAUGACGAAGUCCAAGAACCCCAAGGAGGCACCAAAGAGAACUGCCUAAUGCUCCAUUCUCCAGGUUCUUACUAUUUCCGGGACAUUUCUUGUUCAUCAAAACUGAACCCACUAUGUGUUUAUCAUGGGUAACCAGCUCUUGGACUUAAUAGUGACAGUGGAUGAGUGUAUAACAUAGAAAUAAAGCAUGAUGAUGAAGAAACUUUCCUACUUCUUAUGAUGUUCUACGUUUUGCAGCCAAUGACUUUGUAGAAUUGCGAAAUUAUUUUUUAUUCUGACGUUGAUGGCGAAUUUGUUAACAGCAGUUGACUUUAAAACCAACAUUUAAUUUUCCGUCUCUUUAAUUCCGUUUUUCAAUUUCCUUUUCUUUUCCUCUCUAUUAUUCUACUGAUACUAUUUCUUUCUUUUGCGAUAAUUCUUAGAAAAUGAGACACCAUUCUCUGUAGAAAACGAAAUAAAACAAAGAAAAAUAA